CUAAUCGCGCAGCAAGCCUUCAAGAUGGCGCUGAAGAAAGACAAGAAGCCUAAGAAGUCAACCUGGAAGUUUAAUUUGGAUAUUACUCAUCCAGUAGAAGAUGGAAUUUUUGAUUCUGGAAAUUUUGAACAGUUUCUGCGGGAGAAGGUUAAAGUGAAUGGAAAAACUGGAAAUCUUGGGAACGUCGUUCACAUUGAACGCUUCAAGAAUAAAAUCAUAGUCGUUUCUGAGAAACAGUUCUCUAAAAGGUAUUUGAAGUACCUUACCAAGAAAUACCUUAAAAAGAACAAUCUUUGUGAUUGGCUUCGUGUGGUUGCAUCUGACAAGGAGACUUAUGAGCUUCGUUACUUCCAGAUUAGUCAAGAUGAAGAUGAAUCUGAGUCUGAGGACUAGAUGAUGCCAUCCUUUAUAGGGCUUUGCUUGCUAACAAAACACAUUAAGCAUACAAAAAAAAGAAACAUCUUGAAAUGGACCUUUAGCUUAUCAGUGAAUAAAAAACAUUACUCUGUAAAACAUUCAUCUUUUAUUUAAGUGUAUGCUGUUUAUAUGGUGCUGGCUUUCCUUUAAUACUUUUUUAUAUUUUUAUUGGAGUGUAGUUGAUUUACAGUGUUGUGUUAGUUUCAGGUAUAUAGCAAAGUGAAUGUGUAAAUAAGCUUUUGUUCCCCACCCCCCCCAAAUACUUUGUAUAAGUAGUAUUUAAAUAGCUUAUAGCUAGUGGAAUUUCAGGAUUUCUGUAAUGUACUGAUUUUACAGAUAUCCUCAAGUUAAAAGUAUAUAGCAAAAAUACAAUUUGGGGUGUAAGUAUAUAAUAAAAUAUUUAGAUUUGAAAAAAAAAAA